UCCUAAGGAGGGCAGUGACAAGCGUACAUUACGUACAUUACUUUAUUACAUUAAAUCUGUUAUUAAAAUUACUUUGAACGGACGCAGUGACACUUGAUAUAUGUCAAAGGACUGACCAGAAAGAAGAAUUUACUUUAUGUUGCAAAAAAAAGUAAUAUAAAUAGUGCGAAAUUCCAGCUUUUGAUACUCCAUGGUUAUAUGACAGACAAUCAUGGAAAGUUCAAAAGUUCAGUUAUAUGAAAGUAUCCACUAUUAUAUGAUCAGUAGUUAGAUAACAGCUUGAAAUACAUUUAAGGGAACACAUGGAACAUAAUUGGUAGCAUUGUUGAAGGGGUAUUUGAGUUAAUCAGACUGGGCUGUGAAGGUACGUCCACAAAUAAGGUUGGAAACCACUGCCUAGUACUACUAGCAGAAAUAAUAAUAGUAGUUUUAGUAGUAGUGGUAGAUACUGCAACUCUGAUGCCACUCGUCCUGGAAUGAAGCAUAGCUUUAUAACCUCCAUCAUCUGGAGCACCUGCGGCUCAAAGUUCAUUUAGCUCAGACAUUUAUUGUUUUCAGAGACUGAAACUUACUGACAUUCACUGUCGUCUGGAGAAGAAAUGGCGCAGCAAGUGAUUCAGCUGGAUCGAGAAAAACUGAGCUGUUCAGUCUGUCUGGAUCUUCUGAAGGAUCCAGUGACGAUUCCCUGUGGGCACAACUACUGCAUGAGCUGUAUCAAAGAGUGCUGGAAUGAGGAGAGGGAGACGCAAGCACACAGCUGCCCUCAGUGCAGGCAGAGCUUCACACCGAGGCCUGUCCUGGUGAAAAACACCAUGUUAGCAGACUUAGUGGAGGAACUGAAGAACGCAGGACUUCAAGCUGCUUCACCUGAUCAUUCCUAUGCUGAACCUGGAGAUGUGGCCUGUGAUUACUGCACUGGGAGGAAGCUGAAGGCCUUAAAGUCCUGCCUGGUGUGCAUGGCCUCUUACUGUGAGCAGCACAUCCAGCCUCACUACAAUGUAGCUCCACUAAAGAAACACAAGCUGGUUGAAGCCACUUUUAAACUUCAGGAGGACAUCUGCUCUCGCCAUGAUGAGGUGAUGAAUAUUUUCUGCCGCACUGAUCAGCAGUGUAUCUGCUACCUCUGCUCCAUGGAUGAUCAUAGAGGCCAUGACACAGUCUCUGCUGCAGCAGAAAGGGCUGAGAGGCAGACGCAGCUCAAGGUGAGUCAGCAAAAAAUCCAACAGAGAAUCCAGGACAGAGAGAAAGACGUCAAGGUGCUUCAGCAGAGGGCGGAGGCUGUCAGUUUUUCUGCUGAUGAAGCUGUGAGGGACAGCGAGAAGACCUUCACGGAGCUGAUGCGUCUUGUUGAGAAAAGAAGCUCCGAGGUGAAGCAGCUGAUCAGAUCCCAGCAGAAAACCGAAGUGAGUCGAGCUAAAGAGCUCGAGGACAAGCUGCAGCAGGAGAUCACUGAGCUGAAGAGGAAAGACGCUGAGCUGGAGAAACUCUUACGCACAGAGGAUCACCUCCAUUUCCUAAGCAACUACCCCUCACUGUCUGAUCUGAGUGAACCUAAAGACCAACCCAGCACUGAUGUCCAUCCUCUGAGCUCUUUUAAAGAUGUGACAGCUGCUGUGUCAGAGGCCAGAGAUAAACUGGAGGCUGUUCUGAGUGAGGAGUGGACAAAGAUCUCACUGGCAGUGGCUGAAGUGAAUAUUUUUCUUCCUCAAGCAGAGCCCACAACCAGAGCUGAAUUUCUGAAACAUUCUCAUCAGAUCACACUGGAUCCAAAUACAGCAAACACACGUUUGUCAUUAAGUGAUGGGAACAGAAAAGCAACAUUAAUGUCAGUACAACAGUUCUGUUUAACUCACUCAGACAGAUUUCUUAAUUGGUGGCAGGUCUUAAGUAAAGAGGGUCUGAGUGGACGUUGUUACUGGGAGAUGAAGUGGAGCGGGAACAUUUCUAUAGCAGUUGCAUACAAAAAUAAAAGCCGAACACGGACAAGAACUGAAUAUCAAUUUGGAAAUCAUGACAAAUCCUGGGUGUUAGAUAUUUACGAUGGUAGUUAUAAAUUCAGACAUAAGAAUACUGUUACUUCCAUCUCAGGCCCUCAGUCCUCCACAAUAGGAGUCUAUUUGGAUCAUAAAGCAGGUACUUUGUCUUUCUACAGCAUCUCUGAAAGCAUGACUCUCCUCCACAGAGUCCAGACCACGUUCACUCAGCCUCUCUAUGCUGGAUUUUGGCUUCCACAAAAUACUGGAGACACUGCUGAGUUGUGUGAGCUAAAGUAGAGAGGAGUUUGAAGAGUUCUCCUGUGGAUCCAUCACAGAGGGUGGGACUGUAAUGAUUUUUCUUCAUUCAAUAUUUCUUUGGUAAAAUUAAAAAAAAAAUCUCUUUUCAUUAGACUAUGUGAUGUACUGUGUAUUUAAAAAAAGAGGGUAUUCAUAAUGUCUGAUGAAAAAUCUUUUUUGUCCAACUAAAUACUGAAUUUUGUUUUUCACAUAAAGAGUCAUAAUCUUAUAUGUAAAAUGUGUAAAUGUAUCUGGAUUUUUGAAUGUCUGCCAAAUGACUGUGAUGUAAGUUAAAAUGAAAUGUAAUUUUAGUUGGACCAUAUCUUUAUUAACACGAUUUUUGGAAUUUAACUUAAACAUGUUAAUGGUGUUUCUCCACAUGAACUCGUCUUCCAGACAAACAAGAUCAAGUGCUUUACUUUAUACUGCAACAAAUUAAAUGACGUGAUGUAUUGUGAUUUACACAUAUGUAUACUACACGUUGCUCUGUAAUAAAGCUGGAGAGAAGAAAAC